AUGGAGGCUCUAAUACUGACUCUGCUGGGUCUGCAGACAGUGAUGGGAACAGGACACUGGUGUGAACACACUCUGGAGGAACGAGUGCAGAGAGUCCUGUCUCCCCGUCUGCAGUUAGAAGUGAGCUGUUCUGAGGUGUAUCAGUACAACACCCAGGGCUGGAGGCUGGAUGUGGACAGGAUGCGGAUCAAGCAUGGUGGUGAUGAUGGCAUCGCUCUUUACUACAAACAACAGGGGCCCAAGGUGUCCUGUUUUCUGUACAAACCCCCAGAGAUGGAGAGCCAGAUGGUGAAUAAGACAGUGAGGACAUGCUGUGAAGGCUGGGGAGGACCACACUGCUCUGAGGGUGUAGGUGUGCGUGGUCAGUGCUUCUCUACGUGGAGCUGUGAGGACUUUCCUGGAGUUCAUAACUCCUCUCUGAUGCCCAUGGAGCAGUGCUGCAGCACUCUGUGGGGGCUGAGCUGGAGGAAUUCCUCUGACCAGACCUGCCUGUCCUGCACCUACACCCUCCUUCCAGACUCCCAGUCCUCCCCUCUGGUGCGUAGUGGUCUGCUGGGCAGUGCCAGGAUCCCUCAGGGCUCAGCUACCUGCAUGUCCUGGGGUGGUGUCCACUACCGCACUUUUGACAGGAAGCACUUCCACUUCCAGGGUAGCUGCACCUACCUGCUGGCUUCCUCUACUGACGGCACAUGGGCAGUCUACAUCAGUACAGUCUGUGACGGGAGAGGAGACUGCAGUAAGGUAGCAUGUCCACCUUUAGCCAUACAGUAG